AUGAAUUAUUAUAAUAAAAAAAUAGCUGUAAAAAAUGAUGAACAUACAUCUCUACCACAAAUAUAUAAUCACAGAUCAUUAAGUUUAAAUAAAGAGAUUAUAAGCUCCAAGGAUGUCAAUCAUAAAAAGUACUUUUCCUUCGUACAUUUAAAUUAAAAAUCUUAAGAUAGAUAUUAAUAGAAACCUUAGCAUAUGAGAAAUAUGUAAAGAAAAAACUAAAUGCUGAAAUUGCAGUUAAAAAGGGUAUCUAAAUAAAUAAAGAAGGUUUCACCACCUCGUUUGUAGUAUGAAACUUUAGAAGAGAUAUACUUUAUUAGAUAUAAAAAAAUGACAUGA